CGGGACGGCCCGUCAUCUUUGAGGCGGCCAGUUCGAAUGCAGAGCUCGGUGAGCGGAGGUGCGGGCCUGGAUGCUGGACUUCCCUCUCUCGCUGCAUCCCUGCGUCGUCCUUGUUUCUUCACACCGUAUUAACCCUGGAGUUUCGGUUCUUCUGCCUCCACGAUGGCCUAUGGUCUACAGAAGCUGUUUGCUGUGGAGGCAGACUUUGAAGAUGAGGAUUUUCUGUCAGCUGUGAAUGAUGUGGAGAAGCAAGCCCUGGAUCCACCUACAGAUAGCCCAAGAUGUCUUAGACCCCUCUCAACUGGGUUGAGAGCCCCCAGCACCACCAUUCCGGUCUCUGAGGGGCCAAGGUGGACCAUGUCCCCAGUCUUGCAGGUGCAAAACUGCUCCAGACUAAGGUUUGGAGAAGGUAAUGUCAAAAACAACCAGAAGACUCCUCUGGCGACCAGCUUCAUAGUUCAGAAGGACCUGGCACCCACUGCAGUUGAAUGUAAAUCGAGCGGCACUUCAGGCACAAGGUUCAGGUUUGUGAAGCAGCCUCCAGCUAAGCUCCCCACUGGGGGUGCCCCCUGCGAUGAGGAAAUUGACAACGAGCUUGUAUUGGCUGCGUGCAUGGAUCUGGAAGAGUCUGAUACACAAUCGUAUCCGGGGUCCUUCAGGUCCAACUGUGUGUCCUGGGAGCAAAUGCGAGAUAAUAGUGUAGCAACAGUGAAGAAACCACGAGUGGUAGAUUCGCUGGCAUUGAGUGACUCUUUUGGGUCAGAGACUUCACAGUUGCAAAGGACUUGGAAACAACCUGUGGUAGAGGUCAUCAGCCAGCUCCAGCCGGCAGACACUUCUCCAAAGUUGCCUUUAAGGCCUCCUGCCGUGGACUCUUCCUUGUCUCAGUCUCGCCUAGGGUUGAGUAGCAGCACAUGUGCCCUUUCAAACUCCAGCUGCCAGGUGCUCAAGCCUUUCCAGGCAUCUCUGCAUAAACCCACUGCCGCAUCCAACAGCCCAUGCUUGCCUCUGGUUAGACCCUGCUCUUCUUUUCAGUCAGCAAGUACCCCACCAAGGCCACACAAACCAUGGAUGCCCAACCAGAGCUGCUCUGUGUCCAGAACAGCCAAUUGUGGUGCUCAGCUGCUGUCUGCAUAUGGUCCCCCAGCAACCUCUGUGGAGACUUCAACUGCCAACCCUAAAGUUACCGGAAACCUCCAGUCACCUGUGGUCACCAAUCACCUUGUCCGUUUGGUCACGGCAGCCAACAAGACGCCAGAGCCAGUGGCCCAAGUUCCUUUGCGGGCUAAGACGCGGCGCUUCCCGGGACCUGCUGGCAUUCUGCCACAUCAACCUGAUGGGAAAAACUUAGAAGAGAUUCUCAUUACAACUCCACAGACACCAACUCAUGGGGCUCUAGCAAAGCUGCGGACGGAGGAGAUGCCUCCUUCCCAGCAACCAACAGAAGACGAAUUUGGAAGAGGCCCUUGGGCUGCCAUGAAAAUGGAGCUGGGAUUGGAUGAGAGAGAUCCGUCCUGCUUCCUUAGGACAUACAGCGUUGUUAUGGUGCUUCGUAAGGCAGCCCUGAAGCAGCUCCCAAAGAACAAGGUUCCUAACAUGGCUGUGAUGAUUAAGUCAGUAAUGCAGACCAACGUUGACGCGGGUGCUGUGUUCAAAGACCCUACUGGAGAAAUGCAGGGCACAAUACAUCGCCUAUUGCUGGAGGAGAAACAGAGUGAAUUUAAGGCUGGUUCAGUGCUUCUGCUAAAGCAGGUGGGUGUGUUCUCCCCAUCCUAUCGCAACCACUACCUCAAUGUGACACCCAGUAAUUUGGUGAAGAUAUAUCCUCCGGGAUUCAGCAAUGAGAAGACCCCUCAGUUAUGCCGAGAGACUGAGGAAAUAAUGCAGAUGGUGCCGCCACAGGCUGCGCCAGAAUUCCAGCAGGAUCCUCCCACCGUUGCCAUGACUACAACAGACAACAGGAACAAAGGAGGACAUGGGAUGGAUGAGGACCCCUGUCAGCGUGUAUCGGCAUUGGAUAAAGGGUCAUCAUUGAAAUCAAUUCCAAGAGUCUCUGGAGCAGGCAAAUCAGUUUUGCACUUUCCAUCCCCAAAGGCUGAAACAACUGAUUUGGAUGACCUGGACCAGCUUCUUGGAGAACUACCUGAUGACUUUUUCUCCAACUUUGAUGCCCAAAGCAAUCUAUGAUAGCUCACUGAUGCUCAAAUAAGAGGACCUGCUGUCAUAGAACUGUGGCUAUUGUCCUGAGCCCUGCACAGACUUUUUUGCCCAGUGAGGCUGACUCCCCUGCACUUCUCUUUGAGAUUUUUGCCUUCAUCUUUAUCAACAUUGUUUGCGAUUGGAGGAAAGAAGCUCCUUCAUCAGGCAGAUAACAAAUCUGAUGUAAUUGGACAGAAACUGGAGCCCCAGCAAGAACAGCAUUGGACAUUAAGCUCCUGCUACUUCUAAUUUUACUGCAGCCUGCCAUUUGUUCAAAGGCUCAGCCUUCCAAGCAACAAGGUAUCUGGCAGUGCACACCCAGCAUCACAACUUAUUCCAGACCUACUUCUGCUUGUGAGGCGCUUUGCCUGGGUGUUUAAACCAGCCAGAACGGUCAUUAAGCAGCUGUCAUUCCCUUCCGAAUUGAAACACUAUC